AUGAUCUUCACAUCGCCAUUCAGCGUCGACCUCCCCAACCAAGACAUCCUUACAUUCCUGUUUGAGUCAAACCGAUUCCAAGACUCGAAUCCUGUCUGGCUUGACGCUGCUCACCCAGAGAUCUCCAUCACCAAGGGCAAAGCCCGUGAGCUCACACAGCGCAUUGGCUGGAGCCUGCGUGACCGUGGAAUUGGGCGCGAUGAUGUGGUCGUUCACUUUGUGGAGAAUCAAGUCAUGAUUGCACCAACAGCGUUUGGGAUCCUUUGUGCAGAGGCUGUAUGUGCGACGUGUGCACCGACGGCGACAGCCUUUGAGGUCGCCAGACAGGUCAACCUUUCUAGUCCCAAGAUUCUCAUCUGCUCGCCGCAGACCAGGCCUGUGGCGGAAGCUGCACUCAGACAGUGCACUCUUGAGCAGUCGCCAGAGCUUCUGGUUAUGGACUCCCCGAAAUUGGACAUCAGACAAGCAAACACAGGGCACUCAAUCCUCACAGAUGCCACGCUGCAAUGGCCAUGCAUCACCGACCCCGCCAUCCUCCAAACCCGCACAGCAUGCCUCAUCUACUCCUCCGGAACCACCGGCCUCCCCAAAGGGGUCCGCCUCAGCCACGCCAACUUCAUUGCCAACAUCCAACAGAUCAUGUACCACUUCGACCCUCGCUACCACCUCAUCAGAUCCGAGAACCGCUUCCCAGCCAUGGCUGGCGUCCUCCCCAACUCCAACGCCGCAGGCGUCAUCCUCCACACAAUGCUACCCCUCCGUAUCGGCUGGCAGAUCUACCAGAUUCCCAAGUACGACUUACCUUUGAUGAUGUCCACGUCCGCACAUACCAACUCUCAAUCCUCUUCCUCGCUCCUGCAAUCUGGCAGCGCAUUGUGA